AUGUUGGCAUUUGAAGAAGUAUUCACCAAUGUUUGCAAGGACUUAGGUGAAGAUAAAGAGAUUUUAAGAAAUGAGCUAAUGAAGACACCAUUCUGGGAUUUCAUAUCAAUAUAUGAUAGACAUUUGGUGUCAAAAUCCACUGCAAAGAAGUCGGAUAGAGAAAUUCAGCGAUUGAUUGACUGCUACGUGCCAAAAUUGAAGAAGUUCAAGUUUGGAAACAAGGUGGCUGAGAUCAGUGUGUCUGAUGUAGCGCAGAUUUUUGGGGUGCAAAACCCAAAAAACGGGCUCAAUGUGCCGACCCCACUUGAAGAUUCAAAAAAGCCUGUGGAUAAUUCAGUGGUGGAUAAUGUAGUUGGUGACGAUGACUUUGAGAACCCUCCACCGAAGAAUGGUGCUACUACGCAUGAUGAGGUGGGAAAGAAGAAAGCAACGAGGAAGAACUUGAAGAAGGGUGCUACUGCACAAGUUGAAGAGGGUGUUUCUGUGGUGGCUGAGAAGGGUGGUCCUGCAGAAUCAGAAGAAGCUGCUCCUAUGGUGACUAAGAAGGGUGCUACUACACAAGCCGAAGAGGGUGCUUCUGUGGUGGCUGAGAAGGGAGCUAGUGCACAAACUGAAGAGGGUGCUUCUGUGGUGGCUGAGAAGGGUGGUCCUACAGAAUCUGAAGAGGAUGCUCAUGUGGUGUCUGAGAAGGGAGAUGGUGCGCAAACCAAAGAGGGUGCUAGUGUACAACUUGAAGAAGGUGCUACUGCACAAGCCAAAAAGCGUACUCCUGUGGUGGCUGAGAAGGGUGCUACUGCACAAGCCGUAGAGGGUUCUAGUGGACAAGCCGAAGAGGGUGCUACUUCAAAAGCCGAAGAGGAUACUCGUGAAGGCCUUGAAUCAUUUGACAUGACAUUACAUGGUUGGCUGGAAGGGAAUGAAAAAGCUGCUGCUGUGGACGAUGAAGGUGAAACAUAUGAAGAAGCAACAGCAAACACGGAAGAGAUUUUGAAGAAGUUUUUUAAUAAAGAUAAGGAUGUGGAUCAAGGAGGAGGACAUGAAGAGUUUGCGAGUGAGAAAAUGUAUGAUCCAGAGGACUUCAGGUUGUAUGAAGAGUUUGUUGAAAAGGAGUCUAGGGAAUUUCCAAAAGCAACUAGUGAUGAGGAAUGUGAUGCUCUUGAUUACAUUGUUUAG